GGGUACGAGUCUCAGGAUUUCUAAGCGAAGAAGAGAAGAAGUACCAACAGAAGAGCAUUACAAGUUUCUUAAAGUCAGGAAAAGAAAUUGAUCUCAGGCUUCAGCCAGGGAAGUCCAGCCAAGAGUCAGCAAGGCAGCAGAACAGUGAGAAUCUUCCUCCACACGAAGCUGUAGGUAAGCAGCUCUUCCAUGACAGGCAAACACCAGCACAUUCUGCAGAAGAAGGAAAAAAAGCCACAGAUAUACAGAGUUCUGAUGUUUGUAAGAUCUUCACCUGCCCUGUUUGCUUCAAGUUGCAAAACAGCAAUGAUUUGGAGGAGCUGAACAGACAUAUUGAUGAGUGCCUCAGUGGGACACUUGUUCAGGAUACCGUGGAAGUAUCCAAGACUGACAGUCCAAGAGAAAAUACACCCAACUGUCUUCCAGAAUGUAGAAGAGAAAACACUGAUAAAUGUCAAGUCAAUGAAACAGUUCAAUUAGCAGGAGCAGAGCAGUCUGCAGGUACAUCUGUCAGCUCUGCUGACAACAGCACAGACAAAUGUGCUCAGGUAACACCUGACAGAUCUCUCAGGGAGCAACAGCCAAGCAACCUCAGUGACAUUGCUAGAGAAGUGUGCAUGAAGCAGUCUGUCUUCCCCACGAGAUUGUCACAAGGCAACGAAGACCAUGUUGAACAGACUGAACAUACAGAAGGAACUAGUUCAUCCUGUGUCCUUGUUUGUCCAGUUUGUAACUUGGAGCAGAAAACCACCAGUCUUGUGUGGUUUAACAGACAUGUGGAUGUCUGCUUGAACAAAGGCCUUAUCCAGGAGCUGACAGAACAGACAGACCUUCCUAGCAAGUCUUAUGAUAUGGAAAACUCAAACAGCAUUGGAGGUCUAAGCAAAGGGCAGCAAUGCACAAAUCCCUCACAGGGAACAAAAAGGUCUGGACAAACAACUUCUCAGUCAAUAUCAAAGAAGGCCAAGGUGAGCAAUUCCAAGCAUACAAUAGAGAUGUUUUUCAAAUGA